CUAUUGCACACGGUGAUUUCUUUCCAAAAUUGCCUCGUUGAUCAGAUCCCAAAUUUAACACGGAGCAGCAAAAAACCGGAGCUCUGCCGCCAUUUAUGGCAGCGCCUCUUCCUCCUUAUAUACCCCAGCUCCUUGCCUUGCACCUCCAUCGCUUCGCAUAGAGCCAUAGAGCAAAGAGAGCGAGAGACAAGAAGCAGAGCAAAGAGCACCCGCCGCCGCCGCGCUUUAGGUUUAGCUUCCUCCCAUGGCGCGCCCACCGCUCCUCGAAAACGGCAAGAAGACCAAGGGGCGGCAGCGCAGGGAGCUGCGCCGGGUGGAGGACAAGGAGGCCCGGCAGGUGACCUUCUCCAAGCGCAAGGCCGGCCUCUGGAAGAAGGCCUCCGAGCUCGCCCUGCUCUGCCACGCCCACGUCUCCGUCGUCGUCGUCUCCGAGGCCGGCAGGUCCUUCGCAUUCAGCAGCUCCUCCGCCGACGCCGUCCUGGCGGGCGGCUGCGGCGGCAGCGACGCCCCUGAGGAGGACUGGGAGGACCUGGAGGCGCUGUCCCGGGAGGCCAAGGAGAGAGCCGCCGAGGUCGAGAAGGAGGCCGAACGGAUGAGCGCCGCCGGGAACAAGGUGCUGGAGCUGCAGAGGCAGACGGGCAAGCGCUUCUGGUUCGAGGUCGAUACGGCCGCGCUCGGGGAGGAGGAGCUGCCAGUGUUCGUCAGAGCACUCCGACGCCUCAGGGACAACGUCGGCCGCCGCGCCGAUAAGAAGCAGGCAACUCAGCCGCCGCAGUACUAGAGAAGCCGUAGUGUUUCUGUUACUUAAUUACUCCGUAUUAGGCUAUAAUGCUUGCUUAGUUAGCUAAUUUACCUGCCGCUAGUAAUUUAGUUCUACAGUACAAUACUAACUCGCGUUUUCGUAGUACCGUGUGAGUUAUGUGCAACCGAAAUUCCUCAAUGGUUCAGUUAUUUUGCC